AUGGCUGCCGAUGGACCGCGUCCUGGGUUCCUUGGGAACAUCAAUCAGGACCAGGAGGCCAAGCUUCAGAAGCUCUGGGCAAUUCUGCUCAAGGCCGGCGAGCCGUCCAUAGGCGAGGAAGCAUCGAACGGUUGUGUGGAGGAGCACGCCAGCCCUGCCCAGCCCCAAAGACGCCAAUCACUUCUUGGCCGCACGCAAAGCAAUGUUUCCGACAAGACGACCGCCGCACCUGCUACGCCUUACCAGCAAAAGAUCUUGAAAUAUCUCAGUGAGAUUGGAGCAGGCGUACCCGAGUGUAAAGCAAUUGAGAAGGCACUCUCCAACAUCACACCCACGGAGCUCCGCCUAGGAGUGCUCGAUACCCUUAAGCAUGAUCAUCCAGAUGCGAUGCUCUUGCGAUUCUUGCGAGCCCGAAAAUGGGAUGUGCCAAAGGCAUUUGCCAUGAUGAUGGACGCAAUUGUAUGGAGGGUGAAGGAAAUGCAUGUGGAUGAGGACGUCAUGGCCAAAGGAGAACUCCAUGCCCUCCGACAGACCCAGAAUACAUCGAGCACGAGUGAUCAGAAAGCUGGAAAGGAUUUCCUGUCACAAAUGCGCAUGGGAAAGAGCUACGUGCAUGGUGUUGACAAGGUCGGCCGCCCGAUUGUGGUGGUGAGAGUUCGCCUGCACAAGCCAGGAGCUCAAACUGAAGAGUCAUUGGAACGCUAUAUUGUGCAUGUUAUUGAGUCAGUACGACUGACCUUGUCUCCCCCAGUCGAAACUGCUGCUGUGUUAUUCGACAUGACCAACUUCGGAUUAUCGAACAUGGAAUACCCACCCGUCAAAUUCAUCCUGAAGUGUUUCGAGGCGAACUACCCCGAAUCCUUGGGCAUCUUGCUCAUUCACAAAGCCCCAUGGGUGUUCUCAGGCAUUUGGAAACUUAUCCGAGGAUGGAUGGACCCCGAGAUUGCCGCCAAAGUUCAAUUCACAAAUAGUGUCGCCGAUCUCGAGAAAUUUAUUCCUCGUGACCAGAUUGUGGAAGAGAUGGGUGGCGACGAGAAAUGGUCAUACGAAUAUGUGGAGCCCAAUGCCCACGAAAAUGAUCGGAUGAAUGAUACUACCACUCGCGAUGCCCUGAAAGCCGAGCGUGAAGCCAUUGGUGAAGAAUUCUUAUCUGCAACCUCUUCAUGGAUCGAUGCCUCCAAGGCAAAGGAUGCCAGUAAAAUUCAAGCCAGUGAAAGUGAGAGGGCUUAUUUGGUAGAGAGAUUGCGAGUCAACCACUGGAAACUUGACCCUUACGUUCGAGCUCGCCUUUCCCUUGACCGGAUGGGAGUUAUCCAGGAGGGUGGAAAGAUUGAUUUCUAUCCGAAAGAUGUUCCUGUCAAAACCCAGGUGCCAGAGACAACGAAGAUAUCGGAGGUGGAACACUUAGAAAGGGUGAAUCGGAGCGCUGCACACACUGCUGUUUCUUAG